UAAUUUCUAAUCAGAAGAAAAAAUCUUCUGUCAAUAUGUUUUUCAUAGCUCGGAUUUCUCAUUUGUUUAUACGUCAAAAUUACAAGUAUGAUAGAGCACUUUUGAUUAAAAUUUAAGUUAAAUCCUAAAAAUCCCAUCCCCAUAACUAAACAUGGCAAAACAAGAUGAUGGCCUUUUCUUACUCGAGGUGCUUAUUGACAAAGUGGUGUUUUUGAAGAGUCCAUGUUUUUCAGACAAGGAUUUCAGAACUUGUGUCAAUAUUGAGUGUCCAGCCGUUGAACCAAUGGAAAUUUGUGAUGAUGAUCCUGGGGCUUGCGUCGCUAAAAGCGGUGGUCCCUUUGUAAAAACGUUUAACAAUGGCAAAUCUUGCCUUUUCUCUCUUAAAGAGGCCGAUAUUAGCAAAGCUAUGAGCAAAUUUCCUAUUAAAAUAUCUGUUUAUAAAUCACUUCCCUGCGGCUGCCUACCGACUAAAAUUGUGAUGGGAGAAGCAACUAUUGACAUGACCAAAGAAUUUGUACAAGCACGAAAAAAGUUCUUAGAAGACCCAAAUAAUGUCAGUUAUCAAGCAUUAAAAGAUGCCUUUCGGAUUGUUGGUCCUGACGGAGCGGAAACCGGAGAAAUCGUCAUGUUUUUACGCAUAUCUUGUUUCGGAAAGCUGAUAAUUACCAAAUUUCAAGGUGUAGGCCGCCCACCUAAUCUUGGGGGUGGUGGAGGUGGCGCGAUUGUUGAUAGAUCUUGCAAUCCGCGCAAAGAUUAUCAGACAACACAGGACCCCUGCGCUUGUGGAGCGGCAAGGAGCGCAGGUGGCGGUGGCAGCGCUACUGCUGGUAGUGGUCAGCCUUGCAAUAUGGGUGUAGGAGGUGCUAUAUGCCCACCAGCCCGUGAUCCAUAUAAUAGUAUGCCUUGCGAAGACCCCGAUGAUCCCUGCUAUUGCUCUGGUCCAAAGGGAGCUACUAAACAGCAAAUGGUGUGCAUGAAUACAGACCAAUAUUGUUUACAUGUACCCAAAGGUACACUGCCGAGAUUGCCGCGUUAUCAAGAACUUACUGAAGAACAAAUAAUAGAAAUAAGAAGCAUGUAUCCAGAUGUCACAAGUUCAAUAAAUUCCUCUUCACAAGAUUAUAUUGUUCCCAAGGAACGCCUACAAAAUUGUAAAGAAGUAUCACGGGACAUUGAGGAAAUCAAGAAGAUGGACAAAAAAUCCGCUAUGUCACUUUAUUCCUUGAGUUCCAAAAAACGCAGCGUUUCUUUCUCAGAUACUAUCAGUUAUGCUUCUAAUUUAUACCAAAAGCAAUCGUAUUAUUCCAUUGAUAAAUACAAUAGUUCUAUUAAAAGCCUAAAUACAUUCGGCAAUCGAGAAACUGCAGUUUAUAUGACACUUUAUAAUGAUUUUUCCCGGCGUCGCACUUCUGGGACCCAAGCCACAGCUUCAAUAAACAAAUGUUUACAGGUAAAUACUGAUGAUAAUAUAUUUAUACCAUAUGAGGACAGCAGCAUGUAUUCCCAUUCUAAUUACUGUUCGAGCUGUACUGUUCCUGAAAUGUUAAACCUUGGAAGACGGAGUUGCAAUAGUGGACUUUAUUCAGAAAUUUAUUUCUUUGGAAGAAAAAAGGACGAACCUAGUAAAAUGGGGAUGGGAUUAUCAGGAUCUAAAACAAAACUUCACAGAACAGGUCAAGGAACUGCAGCAUCUGUCAAGAGCGAAAAGGGCGGAUAUCAUCCAAGAGGUACUGCAUGUAUACAAGCUCAAUCCCAGAGUUAUACAACUGGUGCACAAACAAGAUGCAGAGGUGCUUCAAUGGGUACAAGUACCGGCAAAGCUGUUUCAAUAAGGGAUGAGAAACCUGAAAGACCGUGUCCUGCAGUAAUGGGAACUAAGGGAGAUAUGGUUGCAACAGUAUCACAUAUAAGGAUUGGCCCAAGAGAACCGUGUCCUGUACAUGGUAAGGAACCAUGCCAGGGACCAAAGUGUAUUAUUGCAUCGUCUGGUGAAGAUCAAGCACCAGUAAAGGUGACUACUGUUACUAAUCCACGUCGCGGGGUAUUUGAAUUAGUUAUUCGUCGAAUGACAGGUGCGCCGCUCGCCAAAAAUGAGUUAAUGUUAGAGUGGACUCCACCGCCUUCGCGACCUCCUCCUUGUGGAAUACCUUGCCCAGUAGUGUGCGCUUUUCCAGCCAUUUGUCGCCCACAAAAAUGUAAAAUGAUUGUAUGUCGUCCGUCUUCAUGUAAGCCAGUUUGCAAAAAAAAUUGCAGGAAGCCAUGCGGGCCACCAAACUGUAAACCACUUUGUAAGAAAUGCUGCAAACCAUCGUGUUGUAAUAUACCUUGCAGGUCCUGCAGGCCAUGUGGCCGGCCACCGCGCAGCAAGGCUUGUGUCUCUCCGCCACGUUGCCGGCAGUGUCGUUCGCCGCCUCGCUGCAGACCUUGUCGAAUACCGUCUCCUUGCAGACCAUGCUCGCCGUCAAGUUGCGGGGCAUGUCCGUCUCCCCCACGAUGCAGACCAUGUUCAUCGCCACCACGCUGCAGGCCAUGUGCUUCUCCUCCGCGAUGCCAGCCUUGUUCACCAUGUCCUCCAUACCCACGUCGCUGCUGCCAACCACCUGGUCAAACGCCAUGCAAAAGCUCCCCAUGUCUGCGACCAUGCCCUGUUGGCCGUAAGAAAACGCGAAAAGCUCGCAGUCAACCUCGAAUUAAGUCUCAUAAAAAGAGAAUUUCACCAUGCCUUAAUCGUACAAAGGUGUGUGCUGUGGCGCGAUGCCGCAGUGUGCCAGGUCCUUGCAGCGUUUGUUGUUAUUACGCAACGUGUCUACCACGAAAGUGUUGCCACUUGGCUCCCUGCAUUACACCGAAAUGUUGUAGAAGCAGCUGCUCGACAUGAUACAACUUUAACUGCAAGACUGCUGUUUAACGCAAUUAAUAUGUAAUAUUAUAAUUAAUGCCGAAUUGUACAAUGUAACUAUGUGCAGCACCAUGUGCAAACAACUGGUAAAAUGCUCUUUUAUAUAGAGUCCAGACUCUUUUUAUGCGAGUAUUUCUGUAAAGCCAUUGUGCUGUGACGCCAAAAAUAAUAUUGAAUAAAUAAUGUAUUCCUAAAAUAAAUAAUUAGUAAGUUUAUUUUAAGAGUAAUUUAUUAAUGCUGAUCAGUGAUCGUAUUGACUUCAUACAACACUGAUUUAAUUAAAUGUAGAGUCUACUGGAUAUAAUACUAAAAUCUAUGCUACGUUACAAAAUAUACACACAAUUUUCACAUGUCAAACCUAUCAUUGCCAAAUAUGAAAUUAUUUUCUCCACUGACAACCUCCCCUAAAUUCUGGACUCUAAAAUGUGCUGGUAUAAAACAAAACAUUUUAAACAUCUAGCCAAGAAUGGCAUUCGCACUGUCAUUUCCGGUCCAUUCCAUUAUGCCAUUUAAAACUGAUACCUCAAGGCGUUUAUCACACAAAUGGCCUUUACCAUGAGACUAUGAACAGGGCCCUUAAAGAGAAAACACAUUGGGCCGCAUUGCAAUGCAGCUACGAAGCGCGGUGCAACAUUGCAUUAAGUGAUAUAUAUCGCAUCAUGUCACGCUGCUUCGCUAUUUCUAAUGCAGUUUCCCUUAUUGUGAACUGCGGUUUCACUAUAAUAAGUGCACAGAACGACUAAUUGACUAUAUUAAAAUUCAAUAAAGGCUUUUUUUGCAGUUCGGAAUUCAA